GCGCGAGCCGCAGCCGUUAGUAGUAAAAGCCAUGUAAAGAUGGCGGAGCUGCAGAUGCUGCUGGAGGAAGAAAUUCCAGCGGGACGGAGAGCGUUACUGGACAGUUUUACCAACCUGGAAAGAGUAGCAGAAUACUGCGAGAGCAACUAUGUGCAGUCUGCAGACAAGCAGCGAGCGCUGGAGGAGACAAAGAGCUACACCACCCAGUCUCUGGCUAGUGUUGCCUACCUCAUCAACACGCUGGCCAACAAUGUGUUGCAGAUGUUAGACAUCCAGGCAUCACAACUCCGUCGCAUGGAGAGCUCCGUCAACCACAUUUCACAGACCGUUGACAUUCACAAGGAGAAGGUGGCAAGGCGGGAGAUUGGCAUCCUGACCACCAACAAAAACACAUCUCGCUCACAUAAAAUCGUUGCUCCAUCCAAUCCAGAGAGGCCUGUGCGCUACAUCAGGAAGCCCAUUGACUACAGCGUGCUGGAUGACAUUGGACAUGGAGUCAAGUGGUUAAUGAGGUUCAAGGUGAACGGCCAACAGAACAUGAAACUUGGAGGGGGUCUCUCACGGUCCAACCCCCCAACCCAGAAGCCACCCAGUCCUCCAAGGGCCGGCAAGGGGAUCUUAGGGAAGAACUCCCCUUACAGGACACUGGAGCCAGUGCGCCCCCCAGUGGUGCCCAACGAUUAUGUCUCCAGCCCAACCAGAAAUAGUAUGGCUGCCGGACAGCUUCCAAGUCCGGUCCGCACUGCCACCCUCAACCAUCGACCCAGAACAUACAGGCAUUCCUUUUAUUUAUGUUGUCUCUUCUUCAGUAAGCUGUCGUCUUCCCUCCUGUCUGGAUGUUAUCUGUUUCUUGGUAGCAGUGGAGGCAGCCAUCCCAGCAGCAGCAGUCGAAGCAGCAGCAGAGAAAACAGCGGCAGUGGUAGUGUGGGCGUUCCCAUCGCCGUGCCAACGCCCUCCCCACCCUCCACUUUCCCAGUCUCCCCAACUGCUGGACCAGCUAGCUCUUCCUCCACUGCUCCUAACUCUUCUCCUUCUCCCUCCCCAACUCCUUCCUCCUUCUCCUCCUCUUCAUCCACCACAACCUUGACCCAACCAAGUGCACCUCUACCACCAAACUCACCUUCACACAACACUGACUCAUCUCCUCAAACAAGCUCACAAUCGAAUGCACCAAACACCGGCACCUCCUCACCUUCUAACCCCACCCCCGGCCCAUCCGAGGUCCAAUCAGAGCUGUCUUCUCUCCCUCCUCCCGCCCCUCCUCCACUCUCCUCAUCACCUGUUGAAGGCCCUAUCGUCCCUCAGUUCUACAGCAUGAACCGGCCCCAACCUCGACAACAGACCCCUCAGGUAGGGGGGUCUCUGCCGUACCGCCGACCGCCUUCCGUAACCGGCCAGCCAAUUGUAACACAGAACCACGUCAACGGUGGUCCCUGCUACAACCAGAGCCCAGCUUCCCCUCCACCUCCUUCCCUCCUUCAGUUCACCCCUCAGCUCCCUUUGAUGGGCUUUGUUGCUCGAGUUCAGGAGUCCAUUUCAGACACCCCUCCUCCCCCUCACCCGUCUACUGAGAGCCAAGCAGGACCUGAGGAGCCUGGAAUCCCCCCAAAGCUAUUGGAGGAUGGACAUGAGGAAGACUCUGCAGUUGUAGAAUACAAUGAUCCAUACGCUGAAGAAGAUCCUCCAUGGGCACCCAGAAACUACCUGGAGAAAGUGGUGGCGAUCUAUGACUAUACAGCAGACAAGGAGGACGAACUGUCAUUUCAAGAAGGAGCCAUCAUUUACGUCAUCAAGAAGAACGAGGACGGGUGGUUUGAAGGAGUGAUGAAUGCCACCACGGGCCUGUUCCCUGGAAACUACGUUGAGUCCAUCAUGCACUACACCGACUGAGGAAAACCUCUCAUAGUUCCUGUUGGGGUUCAGUCACAGCCGCAUUUCUGUUGUUUGGAUCUGAACUUGUUGACUUGAUUCCACUUUAGCAUUUUGCUGGUAGAUUAGAUUGGCACUUACUACUCACAAGCAAGUAAACCAUCACUUUUGGAGGAUAUAAGGGUUAUAUAUUGGACAGGGUUUCUGUUAUCUUUCCUUCAAGUUGUUUUCAUUUAGGUUUCCUUUCAUGUCCCAGAUUGUGUCCUCAAAAGGUUCGGUGCAUUGCACUGUUGUAGAUUAAGAGGUGUUUCAGGUAUUUUAUACUGUCUGCAUUAAGCUAGUUAGAUUUUAAAAUGCUGUUUUCAUGCAUAAAUAACUCGUAUACACCAGCAGCCAAACUGAGUGUAGUUCAGUAAAUUAAAUUAGCUGAAUGCAUAGAGGUAAAAAUAUACAUUUUCAUUUAGUUUUUUUGCAGUUUUUUAAGCAGUGCAUGCACAUCACGAACAGCCUUUGGAUGUAUACAGCAGGGUACGAGCCAAUUUUGAGCCAGAAAAUUACAGCUAAUUUUAAGUAGGCUACUUGUUUCCUUAACAGGAAGCCUAAUUAAUAAGA